GGCUAAGAAAUGGACCUUCCGAAAGGCAUUUGUGGCAGGCAUUGUACAUUGCCGACAUAGCUGACAUAGCUGACAUAGCCCCAGUGAUGACGGCCACAUUCGGAUCCUUUGCUGAUGGGAGAUAGAGGUUAUGACUGGCAAUCCAGUGCCUCCCAACUCUCAACUGCUCGCAGCUCCAAUGGAGGUCUAACUGCUCGCUCCGGAACUCCCCGAGAUCACGAGUGGCGGCCUUUGAAAGACCUUCCGCGCAGUCGCUGGGCAAAUUCGAACGACGUGCCGCGUCUGGGCUCCAUGGUCAGCCCGAGCAGCAGUUCUUCUGGGAUCUACACCUCCAGGAGUGAGCUCUUGGAGCCGCAAAGCUCCACUGGAAGCAAUCGAGAGGUGCAGGACUUGUCUCGGGAAAUGGAGGCCAUGCGCCACGUGAUACAGCACGAUCUGAACGAGAUGCGAGGCACCUGGGCGAACCUCAAAGAGGCCUUGGCAGUGAGCCAAGAUGGGUGUGAUGCAUCUAAAGAGGUGCACUGGUUGCUGGCGCCGGAGGAUUACGCGAAGCCGACGCGGGUGGAUGUGGCCAUUUUAGGAGCCAUGUGGUGCUUCAACUUGGAAGCCAAGGAGCUGCCAAGAACUUCCGAGGAUGAAACUGCAAUUUGCUUCAACCUGUCCCUGCUCUCCCAAGACGCGAUACAGUGGCGUGUUAGCCUCUCAGUGGAACGGAUUGCUCGAGAUGCAGGGUCCCUGCUCGUGGAUCACUUGAACAUUCUUCGAACUGUUGAUGUGGUUCAAUCAGAUGCCUCUCGGACAACAAGGGAUACGGAAGUGCUGGGCGAACUUCGUGGAGCACAGCUGAAUGCAUCAGUCAAUACAAUCAGACUCGCCUGCCCAGUCCCCAAGAAGUCACGGCUACUCUGCCGAGCCUGGCUGCAGCUAAGAGGCUCUUGUCGGGAACGGAUUGUCUCAAAGGUGGAGGUCCCCGGAAUGACGGAUGCAUCGCUUUGCAGCAAAAGGGUUCGUCAACGGCUAUCUGACAUGAAGACAUGUAAGCUUGUGCAGAUUUGUGCAGUGCAAGAGCAUGUGAAUGGUAGGGUGCAUUCAGAUGGCAAAGUGCCAACGGCCAAGGCGUCGGCACGUCGGCCCAGUCUUGGUUCGCAAUCCUGCAAAGACUUCAACAAGGACAGGCUGAAAGCACAAGACAUGAAGGGCCGCAGUAGUCGCUUGGCAUCUCUGAAGGAGAGGCGUUUGGCAGCUUCGCUUGCGAUGAACGAGGAAGACGAGGCCGCACCACCUUUGGUACGUGCUCCGCGACGGCAUUCCACAGCUUCAAGGAUGAAAGCCAUGCCGUACAGUUCCUCCAAGGCCUGGCACCGGAAGAAGGUGGAACAAAUCUUUCAUGACUACGACUACAACAAGUUGGGCGAGGUCAGCCUGCAUGACUUGCAGAAGUCUUUUGCUGAAAUGCUCGGAGACCAAGAGAUCUUUGAUGAUCUUUGGUCCAUCGCCAUGGAGCCAGAGAGAUUUGUCAUCGAUUUUUGA